AUCACAUAUCAUCAUCAUCGUCAGAGCACAAGAUUUCCCCAUUACGUAUCAGUCAAGAGCCUACUAAUGUCGGCCACCGGAGAAGGUGAGGCGGUUCCCGUCGCCGUUGAGGAGCAGCAGCCGCCGGCUCCCGCUGCGGCGGAGGCGGAGCAGCAGCCAAAGCAGGCGGAGGAGCCGGCGAAGAAGGAGAAGAAGCAGAGGGCCCCCAAGGAGAAGAAGCCCCGGAAGCCCAAGGCAGCCUCUCACCCCCCAUACUUUCAGAUGAUCAAGGAGGCGCUGCAAGCCCUGAACGAGAAGAGCGGAUCGAGCCCGUAUGCGAUCGCGAAGUAUAUGGAGGACAAGCACAAAUCCGUCCUCCCAUCGAACUUCAGGAAGACAUUAGCCCUCCAGCUGAAGAACUCCGCAGCCAAGGGGAAGCUGAUCAAGAUCAAGGCCUCGUACAAGCUCUCUGAGGCUGAGAAGAAGGAGAAGGCCCCAAAGGCAGAGGCUGCGAAGAAGCCCGCAGCGAAACAGAGCAAGGCGAAGCCGACCGAAGCAAUUGCCCCCAAGAAGCCCAGGACCACGAGGAAGUCCGAGAGAGCCGCUGCGACGAAGAAGGCUGCGGCGAAGAAGCCGGCCAAGAAGCCGAAGAAGGCAGCUGCUGCUGCGAAGCCUAAGCAGCCCAAGUCCAUCAGGUCCCCUGCAGCGAAGAGGGCCAAGAAGGCUGCUGCUGCUUAGAGGGGAGAGUGAAUCUAGUCGUCUUGUUUUUUGGGGUGGGGAAUAAGCAAAUGAUGUUUCUUCCUCUGUUGCGUCGGUCUGUGAAUAUGGGUGGGGGAUCGGAUGUAAGGUUGCUUUUGUUGAUAGAUAGUAAUGGCUGAUCUUCAACCUCUGAUGUGUUCUGAUCAUGUCUUCUAAUCUAAUCUUGAAAGAGUGUGCACUGAGAUGAGAUGGAGAUGUUCUUGUGAGAGAAUCUUGUUCUGUUUCAGUGAAAUGGAGAAGAUGGAGGACA